AGACAAGGAGCCUGAUGGCGCCCCAACGUCCUUGGCGGGUCGAAUUGACCCGAGGGAAAUGGGUUCUCGGGUUCAGAGGGAGGCUCCGAAGGACGUAGAAAAGAAGAAGAAGAGGGCCGCGGAGCGACAGGAGGCUACGGAGAAGCAGCUAAGCAAGCGGAAAGCUGAAGCUGCUGGCUUUGGCUAUGCGGACAUUAUCGAGGCGACACAGGAUGUGGAAGGGCUCACAUACCGCCCACGGACAGCAGAGACGCGAGAAGUUUACGAACUUAUUCUUUCUUCUGUGCAUCAAGCUCUUGGAGACCAGGCGCAGGACGUUGUACGUAGCGCUGCUGACACAGUGCUCGAGACGUUGAAAAAUGACAGCCUCAAAGACUUCGACAAGAAGAAGGAGGUUGAGGAUGUGCUUGGGCCGAUUGCGAAUGAGUCCUUCUCGCAACUGGUUAACCUGUCGAAGAAGAUUACGGACUACGGCGCAGAGGACGAGAAGAUAGUGGACCCUGACUUGGAGCGGAAGGAGGGCGAAAUUGAUGAGGACGUGGGUGUCGCCGUUGUCUUCGACGAGGAGGAGCAAGAGGACGAGGAAGAGGAAGGCUACGAGGUACGAGAAGAGACUGACGAUGAGGAUGAGGAAAUGGGAGAGGACCAAGAGGAUCAGGCACCCGAAGAGACCCUCGAAGGUGAGGAGCUGGUUGUCGGCGGAGAGUCUUCUGCCCGGACUACAGCCAAGGCAAAGGCGGAUAAGGAUAUCGUCUCGCCUCAUCAAGUGGACGCGUUCUGGGUGCAGCGCCAGGUAUCCGAGGUAUACCCUGACCCUGUCACGGCGGCGGACAAGGCCUCCUCCGUCCUGUCAAUACUCGGCUCAGAAUCUAGCCUUCGGGAUUGCGAGAACCAGCUCAUGGAACUGUUCGAGUACCAAAGCUUCCCUCUCAUCACGAAGUUCCUGAAGAACAGGGACGUGAUUGUCUGGUGUACCAAGUUGCAAAGAAGUGACGCGGAUGAACGAGUCAACGUCGAGGUUGCUAUGCGAGAGAAGGGAGUUGGAUGGAUUCUGCGUGAACUCGCGGGUGACAGACAGGCGAAGGCUCGUGACGCGGACGCGAUGGACGUUGACCAGGACGCGAAGAAGGUUGACGUCCCAAAGACAGGUACGCUCGCACCCGGCUCAACGGUCCAACCUAAGAGAGUUGUCGAUUUGGAGAGCAUGGCCUUCAGCCAGGGUGGGCAUCUGAUGUCGAAUAAGAAGUGCAAGCUCCCUGAAGGGAGUUUCAAGCGCGCUAGGAAAGGGUUUGAGGAGAUCCAUGUGCCCGCGCCUAAGAAGAAGACGAGUGAUGCCGCGACGGUACCCAUCUCCGAUCUUCCGGCAUGGGCAAGGGAGGCCUUCCCUGGGUACAAGCACUUAAACCCUGUCCAAAGCAAACUGUACCCCACUGCAUUCGGUACCGAUGAGCCUAUCCUGUUAUGCGCUCCUACAGGCGCCGGAAAGACCAACGUCGCGGUUCUCACUAUUCUGAAUGAGAUGUCAAAGUGGAGGGACGAAGCCACCGGGCAAUUCGAUCUGGAUUCAUGGAAGGUCAUCUAUGUUGCGCCCAUGAAGGCGCUCGUGCAAGAGCAAGUUGGCCAAUUCAGCAAGCGGCUCGCACCCUACGGAAUCAAAGUCGGGGAGUUAACUGGUGAUGCUCAGAUGACGAAGCAGCAAAUUUCCGAGACGCAGAUCAUCGUGACUACCCCAGAGAAGUACGAUGUCAUUACGCGCAAGAGCUCCGACACGAGCUACACCAAUCUUGUCCGACUCAUCAUCAUCGACGAGAUUCAUCUCCUGCACGAUGAGCGUGGCCCUGUUCUUGAGAGUAUAGUAGCCAGGACUAUAAGGCGGAUGGAGCAAACAGGCGAGUACGUGCGCCUCGUCGGUCUUUCAGCUACUUUGCCCAACUACCAGGACGUCGCGACCUUCUUGCGCGUGGACGAGUCGAAGGGAUUGUUCUACUUCGAUGCAUCCAGUCGGCCAUGUCCGUUGCAGCAGCAGUUCGUCGGUGUCACCGAGAAGAAGGCAAUUAAACGGUACCAGGUCAUGAACGAGGUCUGCUACGAGAAGGUCCUCGAUCAAGCCGGCAAGAAUCAGGUACUCGUGUUCGUUCACUCGAGGAAGGAAACGGCCAAGACUGCCAAAUUUAUACGAGAUAUGGCUAUCGAGAAGGAGACCAUAACGCAAUUUGUCAAGCCUGACUCUGCCGUUCGGGAAAUUCUGAACGAGGAGGCUGGCAACGUGAAGGAUGGCAAUCUGAAAGACCUGUUGCCCUUCGGGUUUGCUAUCCACCACGCCGGCAUGACAAGGGAGGACCGUGGUUUGGUGGAGGAACUGUUCGCCGAUGGCUCCAUUCAAGUUCUUGUUUGCACAGCGACUCUCGCCUGGGGUGUCAACCUUCCAGCGCAUUGCGUCGUGAUCAAGGGCACGCAAAUUUACAACCCCGAGAAGGGUCGGUGGGUGGAGUUGUCCCCUCAAGACGUUUUGCAGAUGCUUGGCCGCGCCGGUCGCCCACAGUAUGACACGUUCGGAGAAGGUGUCAUCAUCACGAAUCACUCCGAGCUCCAGUACUACUUGAGUUUGAUGAAUCAACAGCUCCCUAUCGAAUCUCAGUUCGUCGCGAAAUUAGCAGAUAACUUGAAUGCGGAGAUUGUCUUAGGCACAAUACGGAAUCGCGACGAAGCUGUCCAGUGGCUGGGCUACACGUAUUUGUACGUCCGCAUGCUCAAGUCACCGAGUCUCUAUAGUGUCGGCGUCGAUUACGAGGACGACCAGGGUCUGGUCCAGAAGCGUGCCGACAUCAUUCACUCUGCCGCUGCCAUGCUCGAGAAAUGUCACCUCAUCAAGUACGAACGGGCGUCCGGUCGCUUCCAAAGCACCGAACUUGGUCGUAUAGCAUCUCAUUACUACGUCACCUACAACUCUAUGGCGACAUACAACAAGCACCUGCGUCCGUCUAUGCAGAUGCUCGAGCUCUUCAGGGUGUUCGCUCUGUCGAACGAGUUCAAAUACAUACCCGUGCGACAAGAGGAAAAGCUGGAGCUUGGAAAGCUGCUGGAGCGCGUCCCGAUCCCUGUGAAGGAAAGUGUCGAUGAGCCUGCUGCCAAAAUCAACGUCCUCUUGCAGGCGUACAUUUCACAGCUGAAACUUGAAGGUUUCGCAUUAGUGGCGGACAUGGUUUUCGUCCAGCAGUCAGCGGGGCGUAUUCUCCGUGCCAUGUUCGAGAUAUGCCUGAAGCGAGGUUGGGCUGUGCCAGCCAGAGCUGCCUUGGAUAUGUGCAAGAUGGUCGAAAGACGGAUGUGGGGUUCCAUGACCCCUUUGCGCCAAUUCAAGCGGGUGCCUCCUGAGAUUAUCCGUAAAGCUGAGGGGAAACAAUUCCCAUGGUACCGUUAUUUCGAUCUGAACCCUCCCGAGAUUGGGGAAUUGCUAGGUAUUCCGAAGGCAGGCCAACUAGUCCAUCGCCUCGUCCACAGUUUCCCCAAGCUUCAAUUGCAAGCGCAGGUUCAGCCCAUCACCCGGUCGCUGCUGAGAAUAGACCUUUCCAUCAUCCCGGACUUCCGCUGGGAUGAGAACAUACAUGGUUCCGCCGAGACAUUCUGGAUCAUCGUGGAGGAUGUCGAUGGCGAGAUCAUACUGUUCCACGACACAUUCUUGCUGCGUCAAAAGUAUGCUGAAGAUGAGCAUAACGUAACGAUCACGGUACCGAUGUUCGAGCCAGUACCCCCCAACUAUUACAUCUCAGUCAUCUCGGAUCGAUGGCUUCAUGCGGAGACUCGUCUACCCAUUUCUUUCAAGCAUCUGAUCCUCCCGGAGAAGUUUCCGCCUCCCACCCCGUUGCUGGACCUCCAACCUCUCCCCCUCUCCGCUCUUCACAACAAGGAAUUCGAGAGCAUUUAUGCUUCGACCAUUCAGACGUUCAACAAGAUUCAAACUCAAGUGUUCCAAGCUCUUUACACGUCCGAUGAGAAUGUCUUUGUAGGCGCACCCACUGGCAGCGGGAAGACCAUCUGCGCCGAAUUUGCUCUUCUAAGGCUGUGGAGCAAGCGCGAGCAACCUCGGGCGGUUUGCAUAGAACCUUUCCAAGAAAUGGUCGAUCAGCGGGUUGCUGAAUGGCGGUCGAAGUUCGGCAAUCUGCAGGGCGGGAAGGAAAUCGUGAGUCUCACCGGGGAGACCGCUGCCGAUCUACGACUGCUAGAGAAGGGCGACGUUAUUGUCUGUACACCUACGCAGUGGGAUGUCAUAUCGCGUCGCUGGCGGCAACGGAAGAACGUCCAGACUAUUGGUUUGCUCAUUGCAGAUGAGGUUCAACUAGUGGGAGGUGAGAUCGGUCCGACGUAUGAGGUGGUCAUUUCCCGAACCCGGUACGUCUCGGCGCAGACAGAUAUCAAGACUCGUAUUGUGGCCUGUGGCGUCUCGCUCGCCAAUGCUCGUGAUCUGGGCGAAUGGAUCGGUGCUCCUUCACAUGCCAUCUUCAACUUCCCUCCCAGCGCUCGCCCACUGGAUAUGGACAUCCAUUUGCAAAGCUUCAACAUCCCUCACUUCCCAUCCUUGAUGAUUGCCAUGGCGAAGCCAGCCUACCUGUCCGUCAUGGAGUAUUCGCCCAACAAGCCCGUCAUUAUCUUCGUGCCCUCCCGCCGUCAGUGCCGACUGACAGCAGACGACAUCUUGACACAUUGCGGUGCUGAUCAGGACGAGAACCGGUUCUUGCAUGUGGAAGAAGCUGACCUCCAACCGCAUCUCGAUCAUGUGAGCGAUCAGGGGCUAGUAGAGACCCUUAAGCACGGUAUCGGAUAUUAUCACGAGGCUCUAAGCAAGCAGGAUAAGCGUAUCGUGGAACGUUUGUUCCAAUCUGGUGCUAUUCAAGUCCUCAUUGCCUCAAAGGAUACCGCAUGGGCACUUCCAGUCGCCAGCUACAUGGUCAUCAUAAUGGGUGUCCAGUACUACGAAGGCAAGGAGCAUCGGUAUGUCGACUAUCCUGUGAUGGAUGUACUGCAGAUGAUGGGCCGAGCCUGCCGACCAUUGGAGGACGACCGGAGUCGCUGCGUAUUAAUGUGCCAGCAAACUCGUAAGGACUUCUACAAGAAGUUCCUUGCCGAGGGUCUGCCGAUCGAGUCACAUUUACCGACGCAUCUGCUGCAUGAUUAUUUCCUUGCUGAGAUUGCUGUCAAGACGAUUGAGAACAAGCAAGACGCCAUGGAUAUCCUGACGUGGACGUACUUCUACCGACGAAUGACCCAGAACCCGAACUACUAUAAUCUGCACAACGUCAGUCACCAGGCGCUGUCCGACCACUUAUCUGAGUUAGUGGAGAAUACUCUGAAUGACCUGGUUAACUCGAAAUGCAUCACUAUCGAGGACGAGAUGGAUGUGUCUGCCUUGAACUUAGGCAUGAUCGCUGCCUACUAUAACAUCUCUUACGUCACGGUUGAGGUCUACACGCUGUCGUUGAAAGAGCGAACUAAGCUCAAGGGUAUCCUCGAAGUAGUGUCGUCGUCUGCCGAGUUCGAGACGAUACCGAUCCGCAAGCACGAGGAUGUCCUGCUCCGCCGUAUCUACGACCGUGUCCCAGUCAAGCUGGACCGGGCAGACUUCGAAGCGCCGCAUUUCAAGACGUUCCUUCUUCUGCAGGCUCACUUCUCCCGCCUGCAAUUACCGCCUGAUUUGGCGGCCGAUCAGGUGCUCGUUCUGGAGAAGGUGCUGAACUUGCUAUCUGCCUGCGUGGACGUCCUAUCGUCGAACGCGUGGCUGAACGCUUUGCGUGCGAUGGAUCUGUCGCAGAUGUGCGUGCAGGCGAUGUGGGAAACUGACUCGCCACUCAAGCAGAUCCCUCAUUUUGAGCCCGAUGUAAUUGCGCGCUGUAAGGAAGCUGGCGUCGAGUCGGUGUAUGAUAUUAUGGAGAUGGAGGAUGACAAGCGCAACGCUGUCUUGCAGAUGGAUGCUCGGCAGAUGCGCGACGUGGCCACCUUUGUCAAUUCGUAUCCGACCCUGGAUGUUAACCACGAGCUUGUCAAGGGCGAGUACACAGCGGGUGCGCCUAUCACCUUGAAGGUGGCUCUCAGCAAGGACGCGGACGAGGAGGAAGACUCCAAUGAUGAUCAGACCGUUGUCGCGCCGUACUACCCCCUGAAGAAAAUGGCAAAUUGGUGGCUUGUGGUGGGCGAUCCCAAGAGCCAGCAACUGUUGUCGAUCAAGAAGGUCACAGUGACGAAGAGCCUGGCCGUGAAGCUCGAGCUGACGCUUCCUGAGGGCAAGCACAGCCUGCACCUAUAUGUGAUCUGCGACAGUUACGUGGGCGCAGAUCAUGACAUUCCGCUGGAGACAAUUGAAGUAGCGGAGGGAGAGGAGAGUGAUAGCGAUGAGGACAUGGAGAGCGGGGACGAGAUGGAGGAGUAGAUGUUCCCCCGGGUAACUUCCUUGCAUGUGGCGAAAAUGUAUCAUUAGUCUCUUGGUCCUGCAUACCAUUGUUAUUUGCUUCGUAUGUACAGUAGUAGUGUGAUGUUGUAAUAUGGCCAUAGGGCCAUUAGAGCUCUGCUUGCACCUGGAAGCCUAUAGCACACUUCC